CAAUCAAAAUACGUUUGACGCGGAGUGCUGAUUAUGACGUAAACUGCGUCCCCCAUUCUAUUUCUAGAGUUCCAUAGACUCAACAUUCUAGACGCGCUGUAAAUUCCACUGUUUUACACACAGUGGCUCAUUAGCUAAGUUGCACUUUCUGCUGCUACAUAUGAGUUUAAAGAUUGCAAUAAUUACUGUAUGAAUUGUCCAACAAGACUCGGUCAUGUCUAGAAGAAGUGCAAGGCUUCUUAAUGGAGGGUACUAUGACCAGUCCUCUGACGAUGAAUCCUCUGGCUCCAUUGUCUCCUACAAGGAAAGCCCUGUGCCUAGGGUAUUCAACAAGAAGAAAAUGAGAACUGGCGGCCAUAAGGGAAUCCAAAAUCCAAAUCAGCCAAUCAACGGCGAUGAAUUAAUUGGCAUGGUGCCAACUGUGAGGGCCAUCCAGAGAAGGCAGACCUUCCUGUCUCCUACUGUGGCCCCUGUUCCUGUGACCCCCGCUGCCUCUGUGGCCCUGCAGCCCAGCAUGUGCUCCUCCAGCAUUGGCUUCACCAGAAUUGACAGCUCUGGCUACUGCUCUGAUUCUGAGGAGCCAGUGAGGGCCAAGACAUGCUCCACCAGGAGACUGUCCAGUGGGAUAGGCACUAGGGCCAGCACUAGCUGCAGCUGGUCAUGUUUCCCGAAUGGUUUGCCAUCCUGGUUCGUCAUCUUCCUCCUGCCCGUUCUCCUGACCUUCCUAUUUGUCUUUCCGAUCGUGUUCCCCACCAUGAACCUCAACCUUCCAAUGAACCGCCCGACUCAACCUGACUCUUCACUCGACCUGACUCCAAAGGCUACGUAUGGAACUCCUAUCAUGGAUUCGGCUCUCAAAAACAAAAUGGACACCAUCCAGAGAGAGCUUGAGAUCCUUAAACAGAGAGCACACCAGCACCAAGGCAUUUCCCAGCAGAUGGUACAAAGACUGAAUAUAGACAUGAGGGGAGUAAGGCGUGAGAUUAACAACGUUAGAGGGAAAGUGAACAGUGUCUCUAUUUCUGUCUCUACUGCCGGAGAGCGUCUGACCCAGGACGCUGCCGAGUUCAGCAGCAAGAUGUCUGAUUUCCAAGAGGAACAAUCCAUUACCAGACAGAGGGUCAGAGCCCUGGAGGACACCAGUGAUAUGCUGCAGCAACAGGUGACCUCCAUUCAAAACCAGCCUCCCCCUACUCCCACACCAGAAAACAUCCACCUGACACCUGCUUUUAAAGAGGCCAUGGAGAAAUGGCUGAGUGACCGACUGGCCCAGGAUGAGAGAUGGGACGUGAAACAGUUGAUAAAGGAUUGCAGUCGUCCAUUGGCGGACCGACUGCCUGACUUUGCCUUGGAGUCUCAAGGUGGCAGUAUUGUAACCAGCAGAUGCUCUGAGACGUAUCAGACCCGUUCAGCCUGCGUGAGCUUCCUGGGGAUUCCCCUGUGGUAUCCUGCAGAGACCCCCUGGACUGUCAUCCAGGGCCAGCAGGUGCUGCCUGGCAAGUGUUGGCCGUUUCCUGGUGCCCAGGGCACUAUGACCAUCGCUCUGUCUCACCCCAUCCACGUGACCCAUGUCUCUCUGGAGCACCUCUCCACUGCCAUCUCGCCUAAUGGGCGCAUCGACAGCGCCCCCAAGGACUUCACCAUCUACGGCAUGUCUACUGUCGGCGAAGAGGGAUCACUGAUCGGAAUGUUUACAUAUGACCAGGCUGGAGAUCCCCUACAGACGUUUGAAUUGCCUAACCCUACCGCAGUGUAUCGGUAUGUGGAGCUCCAUGUCCUCAGCAACUGGGGUCACCAGGAAUACACCUGUGUGUACCGCUUCCGGGUUCACGGCAAGAUGCCUUUCUAUUGAGGGGGAUCGGCUAUCCAUCUCAACCCCUGUGUUUGUGUGUGUGUCCACCCCAACCCCAGAAUUUUCAUUUUCAUACUGGAGCAUAUAUUUUGCUUCUAAAUAAAAUCUCUCUUAGGCAGUGUUUGUAUGGGUUUGGUCACAAGUUGGAACUGAGUGUAAUGAUGGUGGCCAAUUCUCAAAGAUGUAUCUUAUUUGCAAAACACAUAUUUACAGAUGAUUAAACCCCCAUCAAAUGGGAUUAUGGCAGCCAUAUUGGAUUUUGGGAAAAAUCCAUGGUGUCCCCAAGGGUCGAUAACCCUCCAUGCCCUGAAAUACACUAAGGAGCCUUUUGACUGAGAGGGGGGGAGGGGCAGACUCAAGUUUUGGGUACCCUGCCAUACAGCAUUGAAUGGGAGUAAAUUUGACUUGGAACGUUGUCUUUUAACCAGCUACAAAAAUGUAAGUCUACAUUCGUUAAUAUUUCCGCCUGUUUCUGUUAACAGGUUGAUAUUUCCACAAUGCAUCAAGAUAUCCUUUUGCUCUUUGUGUAUGUAGGGCAGCCAGGCAAUAUUCUGCACUCUUUGGGUGCGUUCGAGCAGUAAGACUAACGCUGCUGACUGUAGACAAGUCAACGAGUGAAUGCGGAGGAAGUGCGUCUGCGACGUACGGAAAUCAGUGUUGUGGUCAUAGGGAAAGAGGCUUUUAGUGGCCAAAAGGCCGUAUUAGCCUCAGCGGAGUCACUGAGGGCUUCCACCAUUUUAAUGUAGUCAACUGGGUGGGACUUCCAACUUCAUUGGAUGAUCCCUGCUGGUGACCCUGUUGGAGGGAUCAGCCAAUAGUGAAGAAGAAAAUUGACUACUUCAAAAUGGAGAUUCCCUCAAUGGCCCUGGCCAUGCUGUAACAGGUGCUAUAAUGGCACAGACACAAAUAUGAGUGCCUUAUCUAUCUCCAUGGUUGUGGUUUCCCUACAGCAAGGCUCCAUGCAACAUGGCAGUGUUGCCAUUGUUAAUAAAAGUUUUUAUUUGGAAUGUCAAAAUAAACAUGUCUCCAGCCCCCAUA